CUGGGUACAAUAAAAAAAUACGGAGAGUAUUCGUACAUAUUGAUAAAAGAAAGUUAAACGUUUAGGCUGGUCAACACGCAGUCCUGUGGGUCAUUUUAUGUGAUUAGACCUGUAUCUAAUCUCCUAACUGGAUUUCUGUUACAAAGAAAAGGAUAAGCACCCGACUAACUUACUGAAGAGGAGAGGAAGGAUCGUUCACAGUUAAAAAAAUUGUUAAUGCAGAUCUAUAGGUGAAGAGAGAUGGCGACCAAAACAUUUGCUGUAGUAGAUGCCUCUGGCUGUACUAUGUGUGAACAGUAUAUGGUUGAUGACCUUCAAAUGCCAACGUUCAUGAAACCUCCGGAUGAAGCCGCCGCCAUUGUCAGAAAUGUUCCGAAUAUCAAAGUACGUGACGAUGACGUCAUGUUGGCUACAUUUCCAAAAUCAGGAACUAAUUGGGGUUAUGAAAUACUUUCAAUGCUACUGAAUAGAAAAGCUGAGAUAAGUCCAAAUAUGAAAGUUUGCCUCAUGUUAGAAGCCAGAACUGAAGCCGAGCUGGACGAGCAACCAUCUCCAAGAGUUUUAAACAGUCAUCUACCAAUUGCGAUGCUACCGAGACAGAUGAAAGAGAAGAACACAAAGAUUAUAUGGAUCGCUAGAAAUCCGAAAGAUGCGAUAGUCUCACUCUAUUAUCACAUUGCAGGAAUGAAAAUGUUUCAGUACAAUGGCAAAUUUGCUGACUUUCUUACGCUCUUUCUGGAAAAUAAAUUACCUUAUCAAAGUUGGUUUGAGUAUACACUAGAUCUUGAAAAGGCAAUGUUAGCAGAACCAGACAAAAUUCAUUUAGUGUACUUUGAGGAUAUAAAAGAGAAUGGUGUUGCAGAAUUAAAAAGGUUGGCGACUUUCUUGGGAGUUGAUGCUGACGACGAACUUCUUAGUGCAAUAAAUGAGAAAUGCUCUUUUAAAUCCCUGGCAGCAGAGAAGGCAGAUAUGCCUAGAGACAGAGUAAAAAAUAACUUCUCAUUUUUCCGUAAAGGUAUCAUCGGGGACUGGAAGAAUCAUUUUACAGUAGCUGAAAGUGAAAAUUUUGACAGAAUAUAUAAAGAGAAAAUGAAAACAUCUUCACUCAAAUUUAGAUUUGAACCUUCUAAUAUUGAGGAUAAGAAAUAGUUUCUUGUGCUAACUAAAGGUAUCGACAAAAGAAGACAAAGCUUUGUUACAGAUAUUUCGAUUUGAUGAAAACAUUUGUAAUUUGUAAUUAUUCAAGAACAAUGUGGGCGCAACAAACGACUUCAAGAUGUUUUACCAGCCACUACACACAAGAACACAUGAUUUUGUUUGUGAUACUGUUUGUCAGUAAUUUACCUAGCAUUGAAUAGAAAUGACGGGCUUCAUUUCUUUCUCUGCUUAAAGGUCCAAUACAAAUGACGGUGUUUUAUAUGUUUAAGCCAUGAUCAGGUCACCGUAGCCUUUACCCACUAUUCCCUGUGUCACGGUGAGAACGAGCAGUUCAGUCGGAAGAUUCUUGUGCACAUAUAUGGUGUAAAUUUAGUGUAAGAACAUAAGGAACGAAAGGCUUAUUUACUGCGCAUGCGCAUAUAUUAAAAACAGUCAUUUACUUGAAGAAAAUGGACCUUAAAUGGUGUUUUUUAGUUAAAUUUCAGAUAUACAAGCUUUGCUUUCAGAAUGAAAUAUAUGCAUUGGUGUGAUUGG